AUGGCUUCACGUACAAGCAUCAACUGGAAGUGUUUGCACGUUCGCCCUCAAGAUGUUCCCUCUUUAACACGGGAACAUACGGCGCAUGUCGUUGGGCCUAGUCCAUAUGAUGGCCUACUGGAAAUUGCUGUGCCCAAUCACCCACCCUUCGAUUCUCGGUAUGCGGACCUAUCUAAGAAGCCCCCAGUGUCCAUUGAGUCAAUGAUGUCCAAGUACUUGUUGCACAUGCACGGACCGGUGGUCGCCUAUCAGUGCGCACUCUUGAACUUUGUUGAAAUUAUUCGAAAGGGCAUCGCCAAGCAUGGAACGAGUCUGGCAGAGUAUUACCUGGAGCGAUACAGCCUUACUACUCCAUGGAUCGAAUACAUCCUCGUAUUUGAUGCACUGUCUGAUUUCGUUCAGGCGAUCGUCUUCAUCGCCCUCUCGGUAGCCCCGCCUGAUGAUCAAUUACGCUCCGGAAUUGAACAUAUCGGCCCAGCUGCAGUAAUUGAACGACUACAAGAAGGCCUUGAGCAUGAGUAUAGGAGGCCUCAGCCAAAUCCCAAUCUCAUCGUUAUGGUUCGCAUGCUGCUGUCAGGUGUUGGGGCCACGAAGCCCACGUCACGCGUGGGACUGCUCCCCCAGCAAGAACUUGAUUUUCCAAAGGCGAUUUAUCAACUGAUGGGUGGCUGUCAGACCAGAAGCCUACGAUCCGUGACUCAAUCACUCAUUGAUAAGAACAUCCCCAAACUGGGGAUAGUCACGUGGUCAUAUAUACCAUCUGUCGGAAAGCGCACUACACUGCCUGGCCCAACUGCUGGAAUCUAUGUCUGA